CGGAAGUACAUCCAUGCACAUGUAGCAACGUUUGACAACCUUGAAGAGACUACACAACAGCUGCCUGGCACCUCAUAUAUCAGUACAAACCGUUACAGUGAUGCCAGUAACACGAGUACUAUACCCUCUCUACCAGUUGGGAAACCCCCAGCUGAGGAUCUUUAGACCCAACUGGCUCCUGACCCUAGUGAGGCCGGGAAAAGAGCAGCCUCCUGACACUGUCCAGUUUCGCAUCCCAUUGGCAAUGACCAAGUAUGACGUAAAGAACUACCUGGAGAAGAUCUAUAGCGUCCCUGUCGGAGGAGUCCGCACCAGGAUACAGUUUGGCUCUAACAAGAAGAGGAAUCAUCUAAACCAGAAGGUCAAGAAACCUGACUAUAAAGUAGCCUACGUUCAACUGGCCCAGGGCCAGACGUUCACCUUUCCUGACAUCUUCCCGGAAAAACAGCUAGCGCCGGAGGAGGGCUCUGUGGAACAGUUGCAGGAGAAGUUCAUGGAGGACGAGAAGCAGAGGCAGAAACGCGACCCCAGGAGAGGAGGGGUCACGGAGUGGUUCGGACUCUGAGACAGCCCACUGACCGGGAACUCUGUGCUCAUAUGGUGUGGCGUGGGUGUUUCAUUGGGAGCAACGUGUAUUGAUUUACAACGCGACCGUUGUGAUGUCAAUUCUAUUUCUGUAAGAAACACUCACAAGUGUGUAGUAAAUAAGAAUGAGUAUGUGUGUGGGAGACUGGAGACGUGUGUGUGAGAGUGUGUGUGUGUGUGUGUGUGUGUGUGUGUGUGAGAGAGAGAGAGAGUUUGCGCAGCUACGGUCCAGUAAUCCAAGCCAGAACAGAAUCACAGGAGGAGGAGAGUGGCCCGGCUCCAUCUUUCAUGAAACCAGCCCACCGUACAGAAUCUCCAUCACCUCAGAUGACCUUCUCUUCUUCCUCCUCCCACCCGUCCUGUUGCACCUCCUUCUCCUUUUACCCCUCCUCUUUGGCACCAGUACCUCCGCACCUCUUCUUUCUUUGUCUCUCCUCUUUCCUCAGGAGUUUCCUUUCUUUCUGUCUCCUCUGCUGUCCCUCUUUCUCCUUGUCCCUCUCCAACGCUUGUCUUCCUGCGCCACUCUGGGGAGGGUUACAUUGUGGCAUCCCUAGUAGCCCUGACUCUCAGCCAGUUGGAUCAGACUACCUGGACAACCCACAUCCUUUCCUCUUUUAUGAGUUUGCCUUGGAUUAAUUGACCACUUUAGGUAAACAACAAUUGAGAUGUUGUUUCAGCAAAGCAACGACAUGGAAUUUGCUGGAGUGUUUUAUUAUUUUGUGGUAGCACCUCUUGCCAUAACUCUGCAAGAAGAUUGUACCCAAUGUUUGUGUGUGUUUGCCCAGCACGCGGUACUUGCCAAUGAAUCUGUCUAAUUGUAAGUGCUGCUGGAAUAAGAACUAAUAAACGGUCACUUGUCCAAAAGG